AAAAGAAGACAUGAUUUCGGAUUUUUCGGUGGCGUGUGCCAGGCUUUCGGCCGCACCGCGGGGCCGGAUCUGACUCGGCAACCAGCAACGAACCGGGAUGCUCCGCAGGUCCAGAAUCGCACUUGCCCAGGAGCCAGCCCAACCCAGCUCGCCUGCCGGCCGAACCAAACCCGCUCCGCCUCCGCCGCCUUCGCACCUGCUGGACGUGAUCUCGCCCGCCUGGCAGAUUAACAAUCACCAUUAAGGUUCAGUUGGAUGCAGCUUCCGAGGUCCGGAAAGCGGUGCGCCGAGCCGGCCACGGCGGCGACCGCCAAGGCGGAGAUGGAGGUUUUCGGCGGCGGCGAUGGUGCUCCGCACAAACGCGUCAAACCGCUGCCGCCGCCGCCGCCUCAGGCAUUUAGAUCGGACCUGUCCUGUGAUGUGCUUGAUGAACCUAGCCCAUUGGGUCUGCGACUAAGAAAAAGUCCAUCUCUGCUGGACCUUAUUCAGACGAAGCUUUCUCAGGCAAAAUCUGCCAGUGAACAGUUUGAUGUGCACAACAAUGUUUCUGAUACACCCAUGAAGAAAGAGGUUAGAUCUGGGGCUCCUACAGCUGGUGAACGACCGAAAGCUUCAAAUUUUCCUGCAAAUGUUUUGAGAAUUGGUAGUUGGGAGUACAUUUCACACUACGAAGGUGAUUUGGUCGCAAAGUGCUACUUUGCAAAGCAUAAGCUUGUCUGGGAAGUCCUACAUGAUGGUCUCAAGAGUAAGAUAGAAAUUCAGUGGUCAGAUAUUAUUGCUUUGAAGGCAACCUGCCCCGAGAAUGAACAAGAAGGGAUCUUAGAUCUUGUGUUGGCUCGCCCACCCCUUUUCUUCAAAGAGACUAAUCCUCAGCCAAGGAAACAUACACUAUGGCAGGCUGCAUCAGAUUUUACUGAUGGACAGGCAAGCGUCAACAGGAGACAUACCUUGCAGUGCCCCUCAAGUUUGUUAAGCAAGAAUUUUGAAAAGCUCAUUCAAUGUGAUCAUCGUCUACAUGAAUUGAGCCAACAGCCAGCUGCCAUAUUGCAAACUCCACAUUUUGAACCUAAGCGAUCUAUUUUUGAAAAUCCAAACGAAUCAAAGGACUGCUUUGAUCUUAAUGGCUUGAAGUAUGAACAUGAAGCUACUUUGCCCAAGUUCACUGAUCCCGUCUCAACAUGUGUCUUUUCAUCACUGUCCAAGAAUGUUGGACAACCAAUGAACAUAGGAUUUGGUGCUGGAGAUUUUGAGGGCACUGUUUCUGAGGAACCAAAGAAUUGCAAUCAGUGGAAUCAAUUCAAAGUGCCUGGAUUGAAGGCAUCCAUAUCUGUGGAAGAUUUGGUUAACCAUCUAGGUAACUGCAGAGCUGAUCAAAGGAGUGUAAGCGAUCCUCCUUUGACCAUUAAUGAUGGAAAAUCCAAAGAAGUAUUGGAAGAUCUUGUUCAAUACCUUUUCAGCGAUACACACAGUCUGCCAGCCUCAGAUGAUAAAUAUUUAAUGGCAAGGGUUGACUCCCUUUACUCUUUGCUUGAGAAAGACACGGUGCCAGCCGCCAUCUGCAAGCCUGAAUGCAGUGAUGACAUAGGCAUAAAUUUUGAUGGCUUUGAGGAGGAGCUCAACUCAUCACUUGCAGGAGCUAAAGAACCGCUCACCAUUUCCAGAAAGGAUUCUUUCGGGGAGCUGCUGCUAAACCUUCCCCCAGAACCUUCUAUUCCACAGUUCUUGUUCAACUUAGCAGAAAAUUCUGAAAAAUAAAGCGUGCAAUCAACUUCUGGUUCUUUACUCCUAGAACAAAGCAGCAGCUGUACAAAUUGUGAAUAUGAGCAAUAAAUCAGCCACGCCAGAAUUCUGUUUUACUUCUUCCCUGUAAAUAAUUCAGUAGUUUGGUGCAGCAAAAUUGUCUGCUCAUUGUUUCGUUCGCCGAGAAACUGCACAUGCAACGUUGGAACUACAAUUUGAUGGCAUUUUCCUUUUAAAUGGUACUCUCUCCCAUGUUGGAUA